UGCCUAAAAACUCUCGUCUCUCGAACACAAAGCAAAAGAACCCCAAAAAACUAAACAACUUUUCUCAUAAAUUGAGUUCUACAACACAGCUCAAACCCAGAAGUCCAGAACUAAUAAAGAUACCUGUCAGUCACUCUUUCAAAACCUAGUACUCUCACACUUCACCCACUUUUACAAUUCACAAUUACCCGUAUUUAGGGAGAGACCUUUGUUUUGGGUUUCUGCAAGAAUCCAUUUUUGGGUCUUCUUUGCUCUUCAAUUUGAGUGGUGCUUUCUGAGUUAUAAGGAUGGGUAUUCUGUGAAUUCCUUUCAAAUUCAUUGUUUUGGCAGAGUUUUUCUGUCGAUCAGUUAUUAUAAGGGUGAUUGUCAGCGAGUAGGGUUAUGGAGAUGGAUGAAAAUUUGAUCACCGCUUGCAAGGAGAAGCUGCUACAAUUCCGGAUCAAAGAGCUCAAAGAUGUACUAACUCAAGUAGGCCUUACGAAGCAAGGGAAGAAGCAGGAUCUUAUGGACAGAAUCGUGGCUUUGCUUUAUGAUGAAGGCACUCCAGGUCUGCUCAAAAAUAGUGUCGGUGGGAAGGAAAGACUGGUGGAAAUUAUUGAUGAUGCUUACAGAAAGAUGGAAUCAUUAAUUAAUGGCUCAAAUGCAAAGAAACAAAAUAGUUCAAGUAGCAGCAGAAUGCAGCCUAAAGAGGAAGCAGAAGAAUCACUUGAGUUGGAAAAGAAAAUCCGAUGUCCUUGUGGUAGUGAAGUGCCCUGUGGUGGCCAGCUGGUUCAGUGUGUGGAUCCAGAUUGCAAUGUAUGGCAACAUAACAGUUGUGUGAUCGUGCCUGAGAAGCCUACGGAGAAGAUGCCUAUUCCAACUCUGUUUUUAUGUGAAACUUGUCGAGUGAAACGUGCUGACCCCUUUUGGGCAACUAUGGCUCAUACACUGUACCCUGUCAAGUUAGGAUCUUCCACACUUCCUGUUGAUGGUACAAACCCACAUGUAACUGUCGAAAAGAGCUUCAAAUUGACAAGGGCUGAUAGGGAUUUGCUGCAUAAAACAGAGUAUGAUAUUCAGGUUUGGUGCAUGCUUUUCAAUGACGGUGUUCCAUUUAGGAUGCAAUGGCCGCUACAUGCAGAUCUGCAGGUCAAUGGUGUUGCAGUCAGGACUGUGAGUAGAGCUGCUUCACAGAUAUUAGGAGCUAAUGGACGUGAUGAUGGUGCAAAAAUUACUCUAUACGUCAUGGAAGGAGUCAACAAGAUUUCUUUGUCAUGUGUUGAUGCCCGUACUUUCUGCUUUGGAGUCAGACUUGUGAGAAGGCGUACACUUGAGCAGGUGCUAAGCAUGAUUCCCAAAGAAUCUGAUGGUGAACCAUUUGAGGAUGCAGUUGCUCGGGUUCAGCGCUGCAUUGGUGGUGGUAUUACAACAGGCAAUGAUGACAGUGAUAGUGACUUGGAGGUCAUUGCUGAUUCAAUCACUGUUAAUCUUCGCUGUCCUAUGAGUGGCUCGAGGAUGAGGACUGCUGGAAGAUUCAGAGCUUGUGCACACAUGGGCUGCUUUGAUCUUGAAACAUUUGUGGGACUUAAUGAACGCUCUAGGAAGUGGCAAUGUCCUAUCUGUCUGAAGAACUACUGUCUUGAAGAUAUUAUUAUUGACCCUUUCUUCAAUCUUAUUCUGAAAAAGAUGCAAAGUUGUGGAGAAGAGAUAAAUGAGAUUGACAUGAGGCCUGAUGGUUAUUGGCGAAUAAAAAAAGCUCGUGAAGUUGGGGAUCUUGCUCAGUGGCACUGCCCUGAUGGUUCGAUCCAGGUUCCUUCUAAAUCACUAACUGCACAAGAAAAUGUAUUAGAAUGCAAUACUUCAAAAUUGGGCAUGCAGAAUGAUGUUGUCGAUUGGCACGCUGAAGGACAUGAGAGUAAUGAAGUUAAAAAUGUUGAGCACAAUAUUAUUACAAUGAGCAGCACUACCACAGGAGAUGUUCAAGAUGAUGGAGACCCUAGUAUUAACCAAGAUGUUGAGCAAUAUGGUGUUUCUGAAAAUGAACCUGAAAUUAGCUCGGGCAUGCCUAAUUUUGACCAAGCAUAUGGAUCUAACAACCAGAAUUCUAAUCUUCCUUCUGGAAGUGCUGAUAUUAUUAUUUUAAGUGAUUCAGAAGAUGAUGAUGUCAGUCUGGUUCAUCCUGAAUCUUUUCCUGUGGUUUGUCAUACCAAAAAUGAAGGAUGCUUAGUUACUUCCCCAGAAGAAAUGCUCAGUUCUUACCCUCCUGUUGCUUCUGAUGAGGGCCCUAGGGUUUUCAGUGCGAAUGCUGGGGAUUUCCUGGUAUCUCAGUCCCCCACAACUUCGAAUUUGCCAGGUGGUUCUGGAUUUGAUAUGUUUGAUACGUCAGGAUCCUUGCUUGAUGAGCAUAAUCCUACACCUUACGUAGGACCUAUUGAAUGUGUACUAACCACGGACUCCACUAUAGACCAUGUUCAUCACGUGAUUGAUUCAUAUAAUCCCCAUAACAACUCGUUUGACCAUCAGUUUGCAUCGGCUAACGGGAAUAUCCCUUUGGAAGCUCUCGUUUCAUGUCCAUCUGUUUCCACAAAUGAGCUGCCAAUCAUAAAUAGUAGUCCUGUUGAGGAUUGGAUUGCUUUGAAGACAGGAGCUAGUGCAAACGAAAGUUUGAGAAGCAAUGGGGAGGCUCAUCACGAGUCUGCAGGUGAAAAUGGGCCCAAUUUAUAUAACCAGUUUAGGUCCGGAGAAGAUUCUAUGCUUCAAAGGACUCAUGGUGAAUCUGGGCCUGGUUCUGGAUCUAAUGUUACUGCUGAUAAGAAGAGAUCUGAUGGUCCUUUUACAUUUCCUCGCCAGCAAAGAUCUUUGAGAAGGCGGUCAUGUAUACAAACUUCUGAGGACCUUGCAUCAUAUCAAAGCUAGUUGUAGUAGUCAUACUUGGACAUGUAAUAGGCCUUUCCUGGGACACUGGGAGGCUAUUCAUAAGAUUUGCUUUCCAUUUCUAUGAUUCUUCUGCUUUUUGACCUUUGAGGGUUUACCUUCCAGAGCUGAUUUGUCAUGCUAUUCGAGGGAACAGCCACUUUUCCACCUUUCACAAUUUUGAUAAUCUAUAGACAGCUGUUUUUCAUAUGGUGACCCAUCUGUACAAGAUUUCCGAUGUUAAAGUCUGCUGUUGCUCGAGGAUCACAUGGAUUUUUCCUGUAAUCCACUUGGGUUUGCUCUCCUCCAUACCAGGUACUGCACAACUGCUGUUGAGCUGAAAUAAAUUGAGUUAGCUAGAUCAGUAGCUUAAUUUCUAUCGAUUCUACUUUUGCUUGUGCAUGGGAAGUUGUCAGCGAGUGAGCUCAAAGAAGUUGUCAACUAGUUAGCUUCUUCCAUUGGUUCAUAUUGAUGAAAGAAGAUCUCGGGUCUGAGGAAGCAAACUUGUCAAUUUCAAAUCUAUGGAAAGCUGGAAUCAGUUUUGGAAGAGUUUGGCAUCUGAACCUUGUUCGGCUGGCAUCACCUAAGCAGAAAUUUACUUAUGAUUUCAAUCAGAGAUGAACGUAAAAAAGAAGGCUCUUCCUGCAGGAAUAAGAACUGGAAGCGCUGAUGCCAAUAGUCCACCAAAGUCUAUGAUAUUGACUGUCGUAAUAUCUAUGAUCAAGAAGUGGUAGCUUAAAGCUGCAGCUCGAUGGAUGAUUCAUUGGUGGAUUUGCUGAUAUUAGGUUUUUUUCCCCGAUUUCUUUUCUUGGGGGCGAAGGUUUUCCAUAUACUGGUAGCUCCUGGUGACUACUGAUUUUGCAACGCUGCUGCUGAGGCUAUAAACACCUGAGUUGCAUUUCCAGUUCAUCAGUAGUAUUUUGACGAGGAUGCAGUUUAAUGCACUUAGUAAAUAGUGCUGGACUUCUCGAAGUAGCCAUGAUCCAACUUCUAUAGUGAAAAGGCAGGAAUGAAGCAACUGCUUGUGAAUAAUUUGUUUCUUAGAUCACAAAAGAGAGAAAUCAAAGAGAAAAUCUAAGUGGUUGAUUUAGUAGGUAGCUGUGACUUGGUUCUCACAAUUGAUGGGUUCCUUUACAAAGUUGUCCGUGUUCACGGAAACGCGGAGAAGAAUGUGUAAGUUGGUCCUAGAAUUGUACUUUUAACUUGUAUAUAUAUUAGCUCUUCCAUUAAUGAUUAGAAACUUAUUUUUAGUCUGUA